UACCUGCGCAGAUCGUUGGCCUCUUUCAAGCCACAUGCAGUCGACCCCCGCCACAAUGCACCUGAGGCGAGAUGUCACCCGCUUUGGACACGCCCACAUGCCUGGCAGACGUCGUUUAUUCUCGUUUUUGCGAGAACAUGGGGUGAAACCGUGGCGAUGCAUACCUGAGGUGACACAGAGCGAAUGCUUGAGAGACGUCUGGGUUUAUCAUCAACUAUGACCUACGAGCACGCAAUCCUACUUCUUUCAUAGACUGUCUUGCUCAUAUUUUCUCUCCCAUUCAAUUAGAGCAUCCUUAGAUCGUGCCUUCAUUUCUUCAUUGUAUUCUUUCUGGUAUGCAUCCAUCGACUGUCCUCGCCAUUCAGUCAUGGACCUUGUACUCAAUAGCUAUUUCUCUAAUCUCCUCACGGAUGUACGUCUACUUACUUUGUCCACGGACCAGACUGACGAGUCCUAGAAUUUCUCGCCGCAUAACCCUUGGUUCAAUCAAAGUCCUUCAAGCUGACGACUGGUUGAUGGCGUUGGUUCUAAUACCAUUCACCGCCACAAUCGUUCUUGUAAACCACGUGUCAAAUGGACAAUCCACAAAGCAACGCAAGUUCCGCUACGUGCUCGAGGAGAUCCAGCUCAUCACACUUUGGUUGGUGAGAGCAUGUCUUUUAGUACUCUACUGGCGGAUAUUCCCAGUGGAGAAAAGUCCCUGGAGACGACGGGCACUCAAGGGAAUCUCAGCAUUCUGCGGGCUCUCGUUCCUCGUCGUCCAGAUCUCACUAAUCGCUUGGUGCCAGCCUAUCGAGGCACAUUGGGAUCUUCCUAGCCCAAACUCGCAAUGCACAACCUACCUCAGCCACACGGCCAUAACUCUCGCCUUCAACAUCCCAAACACAAUACUUAUCAUGAUGCUCCCUGUCCCUUUCAUCCCAACACCACGACGCUUGCUCCUCGCCAUCUUACUUAUCCUCGGCAUGCUCGUCCUCACCGCCGGCAUCCUAUCGCGAUCUUCCAUACUCAAAGCCUCGAAUCCAUCCUCGUCAAAUCCAGUCUUCCUCCGCUGGUACAUAUGCGAAUCCACACUCAGCCUAAUUUUCGCCAACAUCCCCUUCUUAACCUCCCUCGUCGUCGCUACAGCACCAGCGCGCAUACGGUAUAUUUCACAGCACUUGCGCACUUCAAGCCAUCUAGCGCUGAUCCAGUGGCCACGGUCUCGCCGAGGAAGUUGGACGUGCAGUACGGCAGGCAGCUAUGACUCCACGCGUAACAUCCCGCCUCUCCGCAUGAACAGAUCAGGAAGUACCACAACGAUGAUCAGUGAAUUGCCGAGUCCGAUAGAUGUCGAAAAAGGAUUGCCGGUAUGGAGGUUGAGCGAGCCAGCUACGCGCAAGGAUCUAGGUGCCACGAGGGACAGCGCGAGCAGUGACUUGCUGUCGCGGGGUGGUGCUGUUAUUCGUUCAAGCAUGCCAGAGCUACAGCCGUCAUCGUCGUUAUUGCUGUCGUCAUCAGUAGCAGAACGCGUAAGUACUGUGCCUAAAACGCGUUUGUCGGGCGGCCUUGCGGAAAUGGGCGGGAUAUCGACGGACAAUACAGAGGGGUGGCCGAUAUACUGGAAAUGAGCUCAGCCUAGCUAAUCGUUUUAGAAGGGAGAGGAAGAAGAGCCAACUCAGUAUCCCGACCCACCGCCAAGGGCAGGCGCAGCACAGCACAGUUGAUGAAAGCAGAUGCAAGGUACGACGACAGGACAUAUCACGUCACGCAACAAGACUGGUC